GUUUACAAAUGGCUGACUUCUUCAUAUCAAUAACUUAAUAUGUUCUUUUAUUUGCAUUUAGUCUAAAAUAUAGUUAAAAAUAAUAAUAGCCAUAAACAUGACAUCAAGCUUUUAUUUCAAUUUAGUCUAGAAUAUAGUUAAAAAAAAAAAGCUAUAAACAUGGCAUCAAGCAGAGCUUCUACACCAACCACUACAUACAACAGACUGCCUGCUAUUCCUACAACAGAUGCUGACCGAGAAUUCUUAAAAGAUGUUAACAGUUUUAUUGAGCGUGAACUUAAUAAAAUAAAUUCAUCAGAGGAAGAGCUGCGUUAUCUGGUUUACAAAGCUGCUUUUAACAAGGUGAUCGACUAUGUGUCUGCUUACAAACCACUGCUGUCACAAAUAAAGAAAGAAUACGAAGACACAAUAGAUGCUAUCAAGAAAGAGCAUCAAGAGGCUUCAUUUUUACAAGGGAAGGUUACAGCAAUAGCUUCUGAACCAUCCACUCUUAGAAACUAUAAUAAACGUGUUGAUGAACUUGAGGAAAGAAUUAUCAUUAUAAAAAAAGAGAAUGAAAAACUGCAGCAAGAACUCAAAGCUAUGCAAGAGUUAAAAGAAGAGAGAGAAAAAAGACCCAAAACUGCUGAGCCACCAAAAAGACAGCUUAAAAAAGAUAGACGUUUUAUUCCAGGUCUUACUAUUGAAGAAUCAACAAAUAUAAAUAUCCUACAAAAAAAAUACGAGGCCUUAGACAGACAACUGAAAGAGGUGAACAUCAGUUUAAGGACCAGAUUUGUACCUAAAGCACAGAAGCUACAGCUGAAAGAAACUUUGGAUAAAAAAGUUGCAUACAGAGACCAACUCUUAUGGCAAAGUCAGGUUUACAAAGCUAGGAGUCAGAAACUCAAAGUUGCGUUGGAAGCUGCUCAAGCGUACAACUUGAUGAAACCACCGCAUCAGACAGUAGGGGAUGCUGUAAUACUGGCAUUCCAUCAAGCAUCUGGAAGGUUUCAAACUGAUACAGGAGAGAAGCUGGAGGGUGACCAGAGUGAUGCCCUACAAGCAUCUGUUGAUGAUGAUGACCCAAACAAGGAGAAGGAAGCUGAGAUCAUGUUGGAAUACAUUGAAAAAUUCAACGAGCUGUUUGAGGAUGGGCUGUUUGAGGAGGCUGCUGUCCACGCAGCCAACAGCCCAAAGGGAAUUCUCAGGACACAAGCCACACUUGCCAAGUUCAGAGAUGUAAGCGUGAAGCUGAAGGGGAGGUCACCACUCCUGGCAUUCUGUGAUGCCCUGAUGUCAACAGUGAAAGCUGCAGGGAGAAAACCCAACGAGGCUCUCUCUGUGGACUGUAUCAGGGCUGGUCUUAAGGAGAACAGGAUAGAUCUGGUGUAUCACUGGAUAGCCCAGGACAGAUUAACAUUGUCCCAAGAACUUGGUGAGCUGAUCACGGAUCACUGCACAUGUCCUUCACCUUGUAAAUGUGGCUGCCAGGCCCUGGCCCAGAAUGUGUUUGUCCACCUCAAGUCCCAUGAGGCUGCGGUGCGGGUGAUGCUGAAGCAAGGUAAAGUGGAAGCAGCCUUGCAGUACGCCAAGGUGUAUUCCUGCCUGACACAAGAAAACAUUGGCGGUUACCUGCAAGUGAAUUCCUGCCAGAAUUUUCUCCAAGGACUUCUGGAAGCUGAUGGUGAACAGAAGAAAUCUGUCCUAAAUAUAACAGUUGGCAGAUUGAUACAAUGUCUAGUGGAGCUAAACAAGUCUGAUCAAGCAGCUAUACUUAUUCAUGCUAUGAUCACUCAACCAAGAAAUAAAUUAAAGAGUAAUCUUCUUCCAUUACAAACAGCCAUAACGCUGGACAAAACAACUAGCCAAAACCAGUGGUCAGCCAUCAUCAAAUCUCUUGAUGCAAGUGGCCACAGUGAAGUGGCCCUGCAGCUCCAGGCCACCAUCAUGGUCAUACAGGCCAUCCACCAGGCCGUGAAGAUUGUCCAAGAAGAUUCCAGAAAAGGCGUCUCCUUCAUGCUGGAUAUCCAGACCAAAAGUGACUCUGAGGACGGCCGUUACAGCGAUGAGUCAGGUGACUCUGACUAUGACCAGCCGAGCAGCCGGCUGUCGUCACACUUGAGAGACUCUGCGUCAUGUGACCCAUCGUCCAGGGAGGUGAGCCAAGACAUAAUGGUCACAGAUAAAACACCCAGGGAGUCAAUACUGAAGAAAAGGCUGAUUGAGAAUGUUAGUUUCUCACCAAGGAAGAGCCCAAGAGAAUCCAUUUUGAAAAAGAAAACUCCGGACUUCGCUGUCACUGGGAGUGUAUCUCCAGGCAAAUCUCCAACUGCCAAAAAGGGAGUUCGACUUGGUGGUCUGCAUAGCCCGCCACCAAAAGUUAACAUCAGCGAGGGGGAAGAGCUGGUCAGUCCCAGGAAGCCAACAGGAAGUAGUAUGAUCAGGUUUAUGGACAGCGACCCCUACACCAGCAACCCUGAAUCUGCAGCUGAGAGUGAGGCUGAAUAACAGAUACACACAGGGGACACAACUCAGACAGCUAAUAUCAGUAUUCUUACAAAGUCAUUUGUUUGUAAUAUUUUAUGAUUUUUGAAAAUUUAGGACUAUGAAGAGUUUUGAUUAAUGUAUUUCUGUAAAUUUGAAUUUUUUGUGAAGUUAUUCUUUUUUGUGAUUAUUUGAAUUGGUAAUUAUUGUUUGCUAUACCAAAGUUGCCUCCCUUAUUCAUUUCCUCUUAAAUAACAAAGUAUGUACAUACUUCAUAUUAAUGCUAACUGAAAUAAUAAUAGGAAGUGAUAGUAAUUAUAUACUUUUUUCUCUAACCUGAGGUGAAGGUUAAAAUGUAAAUAGAUAUUUUAUUUAGAGAACGUUCAUUUAUUUAAUGUAAGAAAAUGUUCCUCUGGUAAAUAAAUUUGACAGGUUUUAUAAUCAGACUAUUUGGAAACAUCGAUGACUUUAAAUUUAAAUAUGCCAAAGUAAAUAAAUCUUGUCAGAGC